GUGCUUUUCCCUUGCCUCUCUUCUUCCUGCUCGUCGUCUCCAGCAUCUCUUAGCCCCUGUCCAGCAUCGCUUUCUUCCUCCAUCUACUACUCCCCCCACCACCAUCAUCAUGAGCGAAAGCCCCGAGCGCGACCUGUCCAAGGUCGAGACCGGCGUGGACCACAACCACGAGCAACAGCUGCGCAAUGUCCUCACCAACACCAUGAGCCUCUCCCCCGAGCUCUUCGAGCGCCUCUACCUCUCCCAGCAGACUCGCGUGUCCGGCGAGCUGCGCCGCACCUUUGCCAAUCCCACUCCUCUCGGUGUCCUCGGCUUCGCCGUCGCCCUCUUCCCCCUCUCCAUCGAACUGAUGGGAUGGCGAUCUUCCGGCGGCGCGGACGGCUCGCAAACCACCACCUGCUCCCUCUUCUUCGGCGGUGCUCUCCUCUGGCUUGCCGGUGCCGGCGAGUUCCUGCUCGGCAACACCUUCCCCACCAUCGUCUUCUUCACCUACGGCGCCCACUACUUCACCUACGCCACCACCUUCGUCCCCGGCUACGGCGCCAUUGCCUACAGCUCUGGUGGUGAUGCCUUCAAGCCCACCGCUCUCUUUGCAUCCGGUUUCGGCUUCUACACCCUCGCCAUGGCCUUGCUCUCCUUCCUCUUCAUGCUCGGCGCCCUGCGCAUCAACGUCGUCUUCGUCGUCGUCUUCUUCUGCGCCACCAUCGGCUUCGGCUUCGCCACCGCCGCCAACUGGCACGCCGCCCUCGGCGCCACCGCCAUCUCCGAGACGUGCCUCGUCGGCGCCGGCGCCGUCUUCUUCGUCGCCGAUCUCGCGGGUUGGUACCUCGGGUUCGCCCAGAUUUUCGCCAUCAUGGAGCUGCCGCUGCCCGAUAUCCCGGUUGGUGACUUGAGCACUCGCAUCAAGCCCAAGAACAGGAAGACUGCGUAAGAGGGUGCUGGGGUGAUUGGCAGGAGGGAGAUGUGGAGUGGAUAGUCUAGUUUAUGAUUGAGUGAAAAUACAACACUUAUUGUUGGCGGAGAUCUGACGUGCUCAAAUGUGAACGACUCAUGAGCAAUCAACC